AUGCGUUGCUCAGCUCCCAGCAAGUUGAUGCUGCUCCUCGCCGCCGCCGGCAGCUUCCUCCUCAGCAUGACGGCGACGGCCCAUGCACAGAAGCCUCCCGUCGACCCCGGACCUGACAGCGCCGUGACCUGCAUACCACACGAGAGGGACGCCCUGCUGGCCUUCAAGCAGGGCAUCACCGGCGACCCGGCAGGCAUCCUCGCCCUGUGGCAGCAGCAGCAGCCAGACGGUGGCCACGGCGACGACGGCGAGCAUACGCAAGACUGCUGCCGGUGGAGAGGCGUCCGGUGCAGCGACCGUACCGGCCAUGUCAUCGAGCUUCGGCUCGGCAACGCCAACAACGACAUCGUCGUCGACCGUGACGCCACAGCCCUGGUUGGCCAGAUAAGUCGUUCCUUGCUUGCUCUGGAGCAUCUGCAGCACCUAGACCUAAGCUACAACAACUUCAGUGGCGGCCCGACGGGUCGCAUCCCGGAGUUCUUGGGCUCCCUCAAGAACCUCAAGCACCUCAACCUCUCCGGCAUAGGUUUCCAUGGUAGCGUGCCUCCCCAUCUUGGAAAUCUGACGCAGCUGCAGUACCUUGACCUCUUCAGCAGCAGUAGUAUGGGAGCUGCAUACUCAACGGAUGUGUCAUGGCUGGCACAUCUACGUUUCCUUAGAUACCUUAACCUUGGCUCGGUGAACCUCAGCACAGUAACUGACUGGCCCCAUGUGGUUGCUAUGCUUCCUUCUCUCACGGUCCUUCGUCUUCCCGGCUGCUCUCUUAGUGGAAUGCUGCCCGAGCCGGUGGCGCAGCUGACAAGCUUGGUCGCUCUAGAUCUUAGUCGGAACAGCUUUACAGGACCUCUCCCAGAAUUUAUAGGGAAUUUAACUGGUUUAAAGAUGCUUGACCUUAGCUCCAACAAGUUUACAGGUCCUCUCCCUGCAUCUGUAAGGUACAUUACCGGUUUAAGGACGCUAGACGUCUCUUACAACAACCUGACAGGAUUACCUCGUGAGGUUGGUACGCUCAGUAGUUUGACCGGUCUGUAUGUAAGCCACAACAGCUUGGAAGGUGACAUCACAGAGGAAUACUCUAGAAGCCUAAAGAGCUUGCAGCACAUAGACUUGUCUUCUAAUUUCUUGAAGAUUGAAAUCAGCACAAAAUGGAAGCCUCCAUUUGCUAAACUACGAAGUGCCAACUUUGCAAAUUGCAAAAUGGGUCCAAUGUUUCCUGCCUGGUUGAAAUGGCUGGUGGGCAUAGAGUAUCUCGAUAUCUCGAGUGCCGGUAUAACCGAUAGGAUUCCAGAUUGGUUCCCUACUGCGUUUUCAAAUGCUAGUUUUUUGUCCAUGUCAAAGAAUCAACUCAGUGGAGAAUUGCCAGCAAAUAUGGAUAUCAUGUCAUCGUUGGACGAGCUUGACCUCAGUAACAAUUCAUUGUCCGGGCAAAUACCAAAGCUUCCAAAUAAUCUAACCUACUUGGACAUAUGCAUCAACUCCUUGUCAGGGUCUCUACCAGAAGAUCUUGGACUUCCAAACCUUCAGGUGUUGUCCGUAGCCUCCAAUAGCAUCACUGGCAGUGUUCCUAGAUCCAUCUGCAGAAGCCAAGGGUUGAGAACCUUAGUCUUAGCCAACAAUCAUCUUGAUGGAGAACUGCCCAAUUGCUUUGGGAACAACGUGAUGUUAUUUCUAGAUCUUAGUAACAAUAUUUUUUCUGGAAUGUUGCCAGCAUCUAUGCAAAAUUGUGAAAUGCUACAAGUCCUGGAUUUAUCUAGAAAUAUGUUCUCUGGAAGAUUUCCUGUGUGGGUUGGAAAACUAAAGAGGUUACGGUUUUUACGUCUACGUCAAAAUAUGUUCUCUGGGAAGGUUCCCACAAACCUUACCAAUCUUGGAUGCCUUCAAUACUUGGAUAUAGCAGACAAUCGUAUCUCAGGUUCUUUGCCUAGGAACCUAUCAAAUUUGAAGUCGUUGAAACAGAAACAAUCGGCAGAAAUGUGUUCUGAUGUUUUUCAUGUAAGGGUUUUUGCUGUCAAUUUUUCUACAUUCCUAAAAGGGCAGCAACUCUCCUAUGGUUCCAUUCCUAGAAUCGUUGGUCUGAAUAUGAAGGUCAUUGACUUAUCUUUCAACAAUAUCACUGGUGAGAUUCCAGAAGAAAUAGCCACCCUUGAUGGACUUCUGAAUUUGAAUCUCUCGAAGAACCACUUCAGUGGGAAUGUUCCAAGUAAGAUCGGGGCCAUGCAAUCACUGGAGUCACUUGACCUCUCAGGGAACAAGCUUUCUGGUGAAAUACCAAUAAGUCUGUCAACUUUGACAUUCUUGAGUUACUUGGACUUGUCUUACAACAAUCUUACAGGAGCAAUACCAUCUGGAUCACAACUUGACACCCUAUAUGCAGAACAUCCGAAUAUGUAUACUGGCAACAUUGGUCUCUGUGGACCUCCUCUAAAAAAUAACUGUUUGAAAACCGAUGCAUCAGAACAAGGUCCGUUUACAAGAACCGAAGAAGGUCGUUGGCAAGGAUUCUUUUACAUUGGGCUUGGAUAUGGCUUCUUAGCAGGCAUUUGGUUGGUUUCUUGUGCCCUAUUGUUCAUGAAAAACUGGCGAAUCGCUUACUUCUGCCUCUUUGACAAGCUUUAUGACAAAGCAUAUGUGCUUGUGGUUACUUGGUGGGCAAAGGCUGAUCAGGAAGAUAUGCAGCUUAGCUAA